AGAAAGGAAAGAGGUGAUAGGAGGAGGGAGAGGAGGAGCGAGAAGACAAGAGACUAGAGAAGCUUUUGAAGGAGAGUGGAGAGCGAGAGAAGGAUUGUGGGGUGGACAUGGGUCUGUGUGCCGUGCUGUUGAUUUGUCUCUCACAGGCAGAGCUGACCAGAGUGUGGGCUCAGGAGCAGAGAGGUAUAAUUCACAGGCAGUCAGUGAAGACUGAUGGAGGUCCAUCAGACAUCCAGAGAACAAGAAGAGACCAGCAAGAUCCCAGCAGACACACUCAGAACAGAACUGGACAAGAGCCGACCAAUAGGCUGUCCAUUGACAUGCUCCCUGACAAUAUGACACAAGUGGUGGAGGAUUCCCAGAGGUACUACUCCUGGCGCAGUUUUGGUCCUGGUGACAAACACACACAGGAUCUCUGGGUGGAUCUUGAUUCAGUGCAUCAAGGACCUGUCAGAGUACACGCUAUCCUAUCCAACACACACCGACAAGCAUCGCGGGUGGCACUAACCUUUGACUUCCUUUUCUAUGGACAUCAAGUGAGACAAAUCACCAUAGCAACUGGAGGGUUUAUUUUCACUGGAGAGAUAACACACCGCAUGCUGACAGCGACGCAGUAUAUUGCUCCACUCAUGGCAAACUUUGACCCCAGUUUUUCUAAAAACUCCACUGUGCGGUAUCUGGACAAUGGUGACAUAUUUGUGGUGCAGUGGGACAAGGUGAGGCUGAAAGAUCGAGAGACUGAAGGAGCUUUCACCUUCCAGACUGUCCUCUGUCAUAACGGGACCAUUUUUUUCAGCUACAAAGACGUUCCUUUGCCUGUGGAAAAAAUCAACUCCACUGAGCAUCCAGUGAAAGUGGGAUUGUCUGAUGCCUUCAUGGCUCUUUUGUCUUCUCCACAGUCUCCAGAUGCUAAACGACAGACUAUUUAUGAGUACCAUCGGGUGGAGAUUGACACAACAAAGAUUGUAAAUAGCUCAGCAUUUGAGUUCACACCCUUACCAACCUGCCUCCAGCACAAUUCCUGCGAGCAAUGUAUCCAGUCCAACCUGACAUCAGGCUGUGGGUGGUGCAAUACUCUACAAAGGUGUUCAACUGGAAUAGACCGAUACAGGCAAGAAUGGCUGGACUACAGCUGCACUGAGGAGGCAAAAGGCACAUGUGACGAUUAUACACACAGAGGACCAGAGAGUUCAGUCAACCCUUUUAAUUCAUCACCGUCAGUGAUGACUCCUUCCCCUGCAGCUCAACCCGCUAAUCCUGUGACCGAAGAUGACACUAAACUUCUCUUUCACCACCAUGGCAAUGGUGAGGAAGCACCAGAACACACAGCCAUUAUUGCAGGUGUGGUGGCAGCUCUGGUUUUACUGGUGUUCUUGACCCUGUUGGCUGUCUACUACAUAAACACACAUCCAACUGUUGCUCCUCCUUUCUACCUCAUGCAGCGUCGCACCAAUAACUACUGGCCCUCCAUGAAGUUUCGGAAUCAAGGAUGCCAUUCCAGCUAUGCUGAGGUUGAUCUUGGGGGUUAUGAAAAAGAGGGGUUCAUUGAGGCGGAGCAGUGCUGAGCAGGCAGGAUUUUGUGGGAUGGAUUAAAGAAUUUUUUUUUUUUUUUCUUGAAUGAUUUUAGGAUCAUGGACAAACACACAAUGAGAGGCUGUCACUGAUGAAAAAGAUCAUUUGAAAGUUUUUUUGAGCUUUUUUCUGUCUCUGAUUCUCCACAGUUGGCAGUCCACCUUACAAAACCUUUUAUGCUGUUGUUUAUAGUAAAGGAAGUUUUAAGUUUUAAGAGGUACUAAUUGUAACAAAGACCAGCACAUCUGCUAACUACACUCUAUAAUAAUGGGUAUGUGUUAGCCAAAAUAAUUGCAAGUUAAUGUACAGUGCAAGGUAUCUUUAUAGAGUUUUUUUUUUUUUUAAGAUAUUUUGUGAAGAGUUGUGUUCAGUGGAUAAAAGUUGCAUAAUACUCAGUUAGCCACAUGGACGUGACAGCACAUUCAUUUAAAUAGCGUACACUUUUUUAUUUUAUUAUGAUUAUUUUUUUAUUUAAUUUUUUUGGCCUGUUAAGUUUUACCCUGUCAUUUUGUCAUAAAACAUAAAAUCAGUAUGCACAUAAAAUAUUAAUGAAAUGCACAAAUAAAUGCAACAAAUAAAUUUUAAAAGUAAAAGUUUGUUUCAUUUUGCUUUUUGGAGAAUUUAACAUUUUUAUUUCCAAAGCUGUUUGUGGAGAUGAAAAGUAAAAUGUGUUUUCCUGCUGAACAGAUGUCAGACAUUAGAAAUUCUUGUAAUCAAAUGCAAAGCAAACGUUAGCUGAUUUCCAUUGUGUUAAAUGCCAUUGCAGUAUUGCAUUUGCAACAUACAGUAUGCUUAUUGUAAAACAAAACAAAAAAUUUAAAAUAAAUUAAAAAAGAUGUUUG